AAAUAAGUUAGUAAAAAGCAUUUUUGCAAAUACACACUAGAGAACGAAAGAAUAAGGACAGUAACAAAAAUUUCCAGUUCUUCACAGAGCCAUGUCUCACGCUGAAAUUCAGAUUCCAAGAGUCAAACUUGGAAACCGGGGUUUAGAGGUUUCAAAGUUGGGAUUUGGGUGUGCUGGGUUAACUGGGGCAUAUAGUGAUCCCCUGUCUGAUGAAGAAGGAAUUUCAGUCAUAAAGCAUGCUUUCAGUAAGGGAAUCACUUUCUUUGACACAGCAGAUAUUUAUGGAGCCAAUGCUAAUGAAAUCAUGAUUGGAAAGGCUUUGAGGCAGUUGCCUAGGGAUAAAAUCCAGCUUGCCACCAAAUUUGGUCUUCUUAAAAUGGAAGCUGAUGGUAUGGAAGUUUGUGGCCGCCCAGAAUAUGUAAGGAGGUGUUGUGAGGCUAGUCUUAAACGACUUGGCGUGGAAUACGUUGAUCUUUAUUAUCAGCAUCGGAUUGACAAGUUGGUUCCAAUUGAGGACACUAUGGAAGAGCUUAAGAAGUUGGUUGAAGAGGGGAAGAUAAAGUAUAUUGGGUUAUCUGAAGCUAGCCCAGAUACAAUUCGGAGGGCUCAUGCAGUUCACCCCAUUACUGCAUUACAGAUGGAGUGGUCUUUGUGGACUCGUGAUAUCGAAGAAGAGAUAGUCCCCCUUUGCAGGGAACUUGGAAUCGGGAUAGUGGCUUACGGCCCUCUUGGCCGUGGUUUUUUUGCAGGGAGGGCAGCUAUUGAGAGUGUGCCAACAGUGGGUUUAAUGUCUACACAUCCAAGGUUCACGGGGGAAAAUCUAGACAAGAACAAAGUACUCUAUGAGCGAGUUGUGAAGUUGGCUUCUAAGUUUGGCUGCACCUCCGCUCAACUGACUCUCUCAUGGCUUCUCCACCAAGGUGAUGACGUGAUCCCAAUCCCUGGGACAACCAAGGUUAAGCAUGUAGAUGAUAAUGUUGGCUCCUUGAAAGUGAAGCUCACUGCAGAGGACUUGAAAGAGAUUACAGAUGCUGUGGCCAUCAAUGAGGUGGCUGGAGCUAGAAUCCAUGCAGGGAUAGAAUUGUCCUCUUGGAGGUUUGUAAACACACCUUCAAAGAGUGACAAUGCAUCAGAACAAGACUCAUGAUUUAAUCAGUUAGGCUUCUAAACUACUAAUAAUAAUUCUUGACUUUUGCUUUAUUUGGUUGAGCUUGACUGGCAUAAUGUUCUUAUAAUUAUAAAACUACUUCGAGGAAGGAGAUUAAUGGUGUGUUUUGAGUAAUGAUAACUUUUAGGAAUGCAGUUGAAACUGUAUUUGGUAAACUAUUUGAAAUACUUUAUGGUAUUUAAUCUUUAUCUCC